GCCGCCGAGAUGCGCCGCGGAACGGGCGGGCGCCGCCGGACGGUGCUGCUGCUCCUGCUGCUCUCACUGGCGGCAUGGCGGUCGCCGCCGCAGGGAGCGAGGGCCCAGCGCCUCACCGCGGAUGCAGAAAACAGGACAGGUUGUGUCCUUUCUUCUUCAUCAGAGUUUCCUGAAGGAUUUUUUACACCACAGGAGAGAAAGGAUGGAGGAAUCGUUAUCUACUUCUUAAUCAUACUUUACAUGUUUUUGGCUGUAUCCAUCGUCUGUGAUGAUUACUUUCUACCUUCGCUAGAGAUCAUCAGCGAAUGCCUUGGCCUCUCUCAGGAUGUUGCUGGAGCAACUUUCAUGGCUGCUGGAAGCUCUGCUCCAGAGCUUGUCACUGCUUUUCUAGGAGUCUUCGUGACAAAGGGAGAUAUUGGUGUCAGCACCAUUCUCGGAUCAGCCAUCUAUAAUCUUCUUGGUAUUUCUGCAGCUUGUGGGCUGUUUUCCAGUGUGGUUUCGAGGCUAUCCUGUUGGCCUCUGUUCAGAGACUGUCUGGCAUACACAGUUAGUGCAGCGGCGGUCCUUGCAAUGAUAUCUGACAACAGAAUUUACUGGUACGAAAGUGCAUCCUUAUUAUUGAUAUACGGGUGUUAUAUUCUGGUACUGUGUUUUGACAUUAAAAUCAAUCAAUACCUCAUGAAAAAGUUCAGUCCCUGCUGUACAUGUUUUACAAAAGCUAUGGAAGAGAAUGCUGAGCAGCAGCCACUGGUUGGAUGGAGGGAAGAGGGUGGACCUCUAAUUCGUCAGCAGUCAAGAACAGACAGCGGAAUUUUUCAAGAUGACCUAGACUACUCUCAGCUUUCAUCAAGCUUGCAUGGGCUCGAUGAAAUCUCUGAAGAUCACCCAAGUGUCUUCUCCAUGCCUGAAGCAGAUAUGAAGAGAAUUUUGUGGGUGUUAUCCCUUCCUAUUAUUACACUACUAUAUUUGACUAUACCAGAUUGCAGAAAACAGUUUUGGAGGAACUGGUUCAUGGUGACAUUUUUAAUUUCAGCAGCAUGGAUUUCUGCAAUAACUUACGUUCUUGUAUGGAUGGUAACAAUAGCAGGUGAAACACUGGGAAUUCCAGAGUCAGUAAUGGGUCUCACAUUACUAGCAGCAGGAACAAGCGUACCAGAUACAGUUGCCAGUGUGCUGGUGGCUCGAAAAGGAAAUGGAGAUAUGGCUAUGUCUAACAUUGUAGGAUCCAACGUAUUCGAUAUGCUGUGUUUGGGCAUACCCUGGUUUAUAAGAACUGCCUUCAUAAAUACAUCAGGACCUAUAGAAGUGAACAGCAGUGGUUUGACAUACACAGCUAUUUCUCUCAUCUGUUCUGUUGUUUUUGUUUUUCUGGCAGUUCACCUGAACGGCUGGAAAAUAGAUAAAAAAUUUGGAACAAUUUCUCUUGUAUUGUACUUAAUAUUUACUGUAUUAUCGAUUUUAUAUGAACUUGGCAUCAUAGGGAACAAUCCUACAAGGGUCUGUGGUGACUAAUUUUAAUCAGUAACUUAUACUGAUGAAAAAGAAAAUAAAAGCAAGAGAGAAAGAUCAGUUUCUUCAUUUAGUCAAAAUAAAAAUUCAUAACUCCCA